CGAAGGAGGAGCGCAAAUUAAGAUGGCAGCGUCCUUGCUGUGGUGUGGGACAUAUGAACCACGUUCCUUCCUAUUCAUAUGAUUGCCAACAUACUCUGGAGAGAAUGUGGUUCCUUUGCAAUAAGGUAUUUUUGUUCCCAUCAUGUUGGAGAAGACAACUGAGUGGAGUACUAGACCCAAGCAAAUGGCAGAAUAGGCGAAUCCUAAGAUGCAGCAGAACUAUUUUUAGUGAAACAGGAAAGUGGGAACCAAAUUAUACAUCAGAGACCAGGAAGAAAGUUGAAAACUGGUGGUGUUCAAGAAUAAAGGAAUCAUUCAGCAAAAUCACAGAAACAGAUAAAUCAAAGCCAAAGUAUUACAUCUUGUCUAUGUUCCCCUAUCCUUCUGGAAAACUUCACAUGGGCCAUGUUCGAGUAUACACCAUAAGUGACACAGUAGCACGGUUUCAAAAAAUGAGAGGAUUUCAGGUGAUAAAUCCAAUGGGAUGGGAUGCAUUUGGAUUACCAGCAGAGAAUGCAGCAAUUGAGCAUGGAUUCCAUCCUGCAGAGUGGACCCAAAGUAAUAUUCAACAUAUGCGAGAGCAGCUUGAUGUAUUAGGCUUAUCUUUCAGCUGGGAUCGGGAAAUAAUCACUUGCUCUCCUAAGUAUUACAAAUGGACACAGUAUCUUUUUAUUAAGCUUUAUGAAGCUGGUUUAGUUUAUCAGAAUGAAGCAAUGGUGAAUUGGGACCCAGUGGAUCAGACUGUCCUUGCUAAUGAACAAGUUGAUGAAAAUGGCUGUUCAUGGCGUUCAGGAGCAAAGGUGGAAAAAAAAUAUCUUAAACAGUGGUUCAUUAAGACAACUGCUUAUGCCAAGGCCCUGCUUGAUGCCUUGUCAGAUCUCCCCAAAUGGUAUGGAAUAAAGGAAAUGCAAGCUAAUUGGCUUGGAGAUUGCACUGGAUGCUAUUUUGAGUUUAUGCUGAAAAUUAAUAAUAAAUCAACAGGAGAAACAGUAGCAGCAUAUGCCUCAGCACCUGAAGCUAUAUAUGGUUCAUCCCAUUUGUAUAUCUUAUCUAACCAUCGAUUGUUACACGGAAAUAGCCAUCUGAAAGAAAUCUUCCAGAGGGAGUUUGUUCAAGGAAAAGACUCUCUUACCUCAGUGACUGCUAUGAAUUUACUCACCAAUCAGGAAAUUCCUGUAGUCAUCUCAGCAAAAUCAGAGUUUGAAGGCUGCCUUGAUUUUAAAAUAGGAAUCCCUUGCAUUUGUCCAGAUGAUGCUGAAGUUGCUAAAAAAUUGGGCCUUGCUUUUGCUGAAGUAAUUGAAACACUUCCAGAUGGCUCAGAGAAACUGAUAAACUCUGGAGAGUUUACAGGUAUGACUAGAGAAAAGGCAUUAAAUGCGAUCAUUCAGCAAACCAAAAAUAAAAACAUAGGAGGAUUCCUAACAAGUAAUAAACUAAAAGAUUGGCUGAUCUCACGCCAGCGUUACUGGGGCACCCCUAUUCCAAUUAUUCAUUGUCAGAAUUGUGGCACCGUUCCUGUACCUUAUGAGGACUUACCUGUGCAAUUGCCCAGCAUUAUUUCCUUUAAGGAAAAAGAGGUCUCACCUUUACUUUCCAUUUCACAAUGGGUUAAUUGCCCAUGUCCAAGAUGUAAGAAGCCUGCAAGGAGAGAAACUGACACAAUGGAUACAUUUGUUGAUUCAGCUUGGUAUUAUUUAAGGUACACUGAUCCUCACAAUACAGAAAAGCCUUUUGAUAAAGAUUUGGCUGAUUACUGGAUGCCUGUAGAUUUGUACAUUGGAGGAAAGGAGCAUGCAGUCUUGCAUUUGUAUUUUGCCAGGUUUUUCAGUCAUUUUUGUCAUAAUCAGAACAUGACUAAACACAAAGAACCUUUUCAUAAGCUCUUAGUUCAAGGACUAAUCAAGAAUCAAACAUUCAAGCUACCAAAAACGGGCCAGUAUUUGAAAAGAGAAGAAAUUGAUUUUUCUGGUCCUGAACCCAUUCAUGCAAAAAACAAAGAGAAACUGCAGUUAUUGUGGGAAAAAAUGAGCAAAUCCAAGUACAAUGGAAUUGAACCUGAAGAUAUAAUUCAGAAGUAUGGAAUUGAUACAGUCCGGCUAUACAUCCUAUUUACUGCCCCUCCAGAGCAGGACAUCUUAUGGGAAGCAAAGACUGAUGCAAUCCCUGGGGUGUUACGAUGGCAAACCCGCAUCUGGCUCCUGGCAACUAAAUUUAUAGAAGCCAGAAAUGGUGGUCCUCUACCCAGUCCUCACUUACUUAACCAGAAAGAUAAGCUGAAUGCCAAACAUAUCUGGAUACAGAAGAACUUCACUGUCUCUGAGGUAACAGAAUACUUCCUGGAGGAUUAUUUAUUUAAUGGCAUAAUUUCUCGACUAAUGGGUCUCAGUAACAUAUUGUUGCAAAGUUCUGAGCAGCUUAUCAUCCAUAGUGCAGAAUUUGAAGAUGCUCUGGCAACUCUCUUUAUUAUGCUUGCCCCACUGGCACCACUCCUGACUUCAGAGAUCUGGAAAGGAUUGUCACAUGUUCCAAAUAAACUCUGUACUCAUCAUCACUGGGACAAAGAUAUACUGCAGCAGCCUUGGCCCACGGUAGAUCCUGAAUAUUUUCAACUGCCAGACAUAGUAGAAGUGUCAGUACUGAUCAACAAUAAACUCUGUGGUAAAGUUAAAGUACCCCAACAAGUAUCCCGAGAUGCAGAAGUAGUUCGUGAACUGGUUGUUCAAAGUGAACUAGGAAGUGAAUACCUUCAAGGAAGAACAAUUACAAAGUUUUUCUUAUCUCCUCGAACUGCCCUCAUCAACUUCCUCAUCCAGGAUUAAGAAGAUAUUUUCUUAGAAUUGUCUAUAACUAUGUCUGUGGCAGAAAUAAGGAUAAAGAUAUCCUUAUUUCAGGAAAGAUCAAAAAAGGAGGCCAAAUGACUUCAUUCAACAGUUUCAAAAGUUAAUAAUUUAUCUUAGUAAUCUCUAUAAAUCAUAUAUAAUCUUGCAUUGCAGACAUUCAUCCCUAAAUACAAUGUAAAAGUAAAUCAUGGAAGCCAAAACUAAAAUUAAAUUAAAUAUGGCAAAAAUUCCGUAAUUCUGCUAUAUUACCUUAAAAAUCUGGUUUCAUUCAAUAUCACAACUGAAUUUUUAUCUGUUAAGAUAGGGAGAACAAUUGGAGCUGUUUAUGCUAUGAAAGGAUCAUUAAAAUGAAUGAAUGAGCCUGCAUUUGUGAUUAGCUCAUGGUUGUUUAUGAACUAUAAUGGAUACAUAUAAUUUUUACAUUUCAAAUAAUUUCAGCUCUUAAUUGUGUUGCCUAUGUUAGCAGUUUUCUAUUGUGAAAAUUAUCUAAAAAUAUUUCCAAGUGGAGGGGUUGCAUGAAUCUCUAUUCUCCCUAUCAAUUUCUCUUCUGCCUGAGAAAAAUAAUAAGCAACCCAAUGUUCAAACAUCAAAAAGUUUUGAUUGUAAUGUUAAAUCAUAUAAUACAAUUAAAAAUGAUAGGAUUUGCAGUCCUAAACAUGAUUAUUUCAGAGGUACAGGUAUUGAAAAAUGGUAGACAAAUUGCUUUCUAAGGUUCCACUUGGAAAAAAGUUAAUUUUAAUGACUUUUGUAGAGCUACUAUGACAACUAUAUGUAAAUGUUAGUACUGAAUUAAAUAAUAAGCUGUGAUCAAGAAAACUUUCAUAUAAGGAAAAAUUUGCAGUUCAGCUCACCAUCCCAAUAAAUAUGUAUAUAUAGUGGGGGACACCAAGAGAAAAUCUUAUCAUAUAUUUCAUACUGUGUGUCUAAAAAUUAUAUUACAAAAAAAUUAUAGAAUCUUCAGGUUUGCAGACUACGUUGAUUCUAAUAUGGUUUACUUUUCUGCUAUUUUAAAAGCAAGUCUUUAAAAUUGCAUUCUGUAAUUUUGGAUGCAAGUUUACUUCUCCACCCUCUACAAAAGAAUAAAUUAUUGCUAGUUGGUGAUUAAAAAAACACAAUAGACUUCAAUGGUAAUUGUACAGCUUUAAAAGUGGUAGUCUGAAAUUGUAUGACUAGUUAUACAUCAGAAAAGAAUUUCAAUUACUCUUUCAAAAGCAAAUCAAUAUUUUUCCACUGGUGAUCAGUCAAAAUAUAUUUUAUCCCAAAAUGUUUGCAAAAUCCAUGUUUUAAUUCAGUUCUAUUGUAAUAAAUAAAAUUAUGCAAGAACAGUGGUGUUCCUGCAAAGUUGCCAUUUCAUUUCAAUGAAGCCUGCAAUAAAAAAGUUCCUGGUGGAUCAUA